UUGUAUGACAGUCGGUGUAAAACAACUGAGUGAGGCGUGUGGUGUUAAUUUCAGUGUUUUCGCUUUUUUUUGUGAUAUUGUGAACUAUUGAGGACAACGAUGAAAAAAGCGUUAAUAUUAGUAUCGUUAUUGAUCCUUCUAACGGGAUACGUUAGGGCAGAAGAUCAUAUCGAGGAGGAUGCUGCAACCGUUGAAAAUGAUUUGGGUGCCAGCCGAGAAGGAUCUCGAACAGAUGACCAGGUGGUUCAGAGGGAAGAAGAGGCUAUAAAGCUAGACGGAUUGAAUGUAGCUCAAAUAAAGGAACUCAGAGAGAAGGCUGAGAAGUUUGUGUUCCAAACUGAAGUCAAUCGUAUAAUGAAACUUAUUAUAAAUUCAUUGUAUCGCAAUAAAGAUAUCUUCCUGAGAGAAUUGAUAUCCAACGCGUCAGAUGCUUUGGAUAAGAUUAGAUUGCUAUCCCUUACAGAUAGAAAUGUUCUAGAUAGUAACCCUGAGUUAGCAAUUCGGAUAAAGUCAGACAAGGAAAAUAAAAUAUUGAGUAUAACUGAUUCUGGUAUUGGUAUGACCAAGAACGAAUUAAUCAAUAAUCUUGGAACCAUUGCUAAGUCCGGUACGGCUGAAUUUUUGGGCAAGAUGCAAGAUACUUCGAACACUCAGGAUCUAAAUGAUAUGAUUGGUCAGUUUGGAGUAGGCUUCUACUCUGCCUUUUUGGUCUCCGAUAUGGUAAUUGUCACAUCUAAACACAACGAUGACAAACAAUAUAUCUGGCAGUCCGAUAGCAGCAGUUAUAGUAUCGUUGAAGAUCCAAGGGGAGACACCUUGAAAAGAGGAACAACUGUCAGCCUUCAUUUGAAAGACGAGGCGCUGGACUUCUUGGAGGAAGACACGAUCAGGAACUUAGUAAAGAAGUAUUCGCAAUUUAUUAAUUUCCCUAUAUACCUCUGGGGUAGUAAAGUCAUUCAGGUCGAGGAAGUGGAAGAGGAGAGACCAGUAAAUGAAGAUGCAAGCGAUAAGGAUGAAUCUACCGAAGAUACAUUAACGGAAGAAGAGGACACGGAGGAGGAGAAGAAAAGCAAGAAAGUCGACAAGACUGUCUGGGACUGGGAGCUGCUGAAUGAUUCCAAACCGAUAUGGACCCAGAAACCUUCCGAAGUCGAGGAGAAAGAUUACAACGACUUUUACAAGGCAUUGACGAAAGAUACUCAAGAACCAUUGGCGAAGAUUCAUUUCAUCGCGGAAGGUGAAGUCACCUUCAAAUCGCUUCUAUUCAUUCCUAAAGUACAACCUGGCGAUAGCUUCAACCGCUACGGCACCAAAGCAGAUAACAUUAAAUUAUACGUUAGGAGAGUCUUUAUCACCGACAAAUUCACCGAUAUGAUGCCUAAUUACUUGUCCUUCAUCCGCGGUAUCGUCGACAGCGACGACUUGCCGCUCAAUGUUUCGCGCGAAAAUUUGCAACAACAUAAGCUCAUUAAAGUGAUCAAGAAGAAGCUGAUCAGGAAGGUCUUGGACAUGAUAAAGAAGAUUUCCAGAGAAGAUUAUGAGAAGUUCUGGAAGGAGUACAGCACAAACAUUAAAUUGGGCGUGAUGGAGGAUGCCCAGAACCGCGCUAGAUUGUCCAAGCUCUUGAUGUUCCAUUCCUCCAUGCAAAAGGGGAUGACAUCGUUGGUCGAUUACGUUUCUCGCAUGAAGUCCAAGCAACAAUACAUUUACUACAUCGCUGGCGCUUCCAAGGAAGAGGUGAAGAAAUCUCCGUUCGUCGAGAGAUUGGACAAGAAGGGCUACGAAGUUCUAUACUUAACCGAAGCCGUCGACGAGUAUGCUAUUUCCGCUCUGCCCGAAUUUGAUGGCAAGAAAUUCCAGAAUGUCGCCAAAGAAGGAUUCACGCUAGACGAGGGUGAGAAAGCCAAAGAAAGGAUGGAACAAAUGAAAACCAUGUACGAGCCUUUGGUCAAGUGGCUAAGCGACAUCCUGAAGGAUCAUAUCAGCAAAGCUCAGGUGUCGGAACGUCUCACGGAAUCCCCGUGCGCGUUGGUCGCCAGCAUGUUUGGAUGGACCGGUAAUAUGGAAAGGCUGGCGGUUUCGAACGCUCAUCAGAAGAGCGACGAUCCACAAAAGACUUACUACUUGAAUCAGAAGAAGAUGUUGGAGAUCAAUCCAAAGCAUCCUCUUAUCAAAGAACUACUGCAUCGAGUAGAAUUGGACACCAACGAUCAGACAGCAAAGGAUAUGGCUCUGAUGAUGUUCAGAACAGCUACCCUUCGGUCCGGAUACAUGCUUAGGGAAACCGCCGACUUUACAGACAGCGUGGAACGCUUGAUGAGAAAAACUUUAGGCAUUCCCCUGGAUGAGAUGCCAGAAGAAGAGGAACUACAAGACGAGGAAUCGGGUUCGAUGGACGCUGAAACAGAAACCGAGAAGAUCAUAGACAUGGACAUGAGCGACGAGGAUAAAGACGACGAUAAACACGAUGAAUUGUAAACAAGAAUUACGUCGCGCAAGACUAACUUUCAUACCUAUAUGAUUAUACAAUGUAUAGUGAUGUGGUAAUUUUAUUCAGUCGUGCAACUAUUAUCGAUUGCAAACGAAAACGAACUGUUGUAAUUGUACAGAGAGAACAAGGAAGUAUCUUCCGAUGGUUCUUUGCAGAAUUGAACGCGUUUUGUAAUAAUAUUGUCGCAAUGGUACAUCCGAAGGAUGUAACAAAGUACGCAAAGGUGGCAUAUAUUUCACUGAUUAAGUUCGUCAUCGUAAUCCGUAAGCUCUCAUAUGUUCCACGUUCGGUAACGAAUUAUUGUUAUAAUUUAUUUGAUUUGAUCUUCCACAUUUUUAUAGUAACGCAAAGUGAUCACUGACUGAACGUAAUAAAUAUAGUAUGUUUGUGAUGCGAAUGACUGUAUUUGUAUAAAAGGAUAUUAAAAAAGUUAUCGAAGUAACAUUAUCAUCGUGGUUUUACUGCCGAUUGUCUUUUGUAUUCUCUGUGUUUUUUUGUUACGAAAAAAAUGUGCGAUAACGUUGUUGACGAUAAAGUAUGUACAUGUACAUUCCUUUUUCAUUUUCGAGAAAUAUAGAACAAUGAUAACGCGUAA